GAUUGUUUAUUUUAGUUCACUAAGGUUAUUUAGACUACGUCGAACUUCUCUAGAAUUCAAACUCAAGACUUUCAACAUAAGCAGUGGUUGUUCAUCCAGCUCCACCCAAAGGUUACAGUUAUAUUUAUCAUCUCUCUCUCUUGGUAUCAAAGCUAUAACACAACAGAUACUUGAAACCUUGCACCUGAAACCCACUCAUCUGACGAGGAAACCAUGUUUUUCUAUAACAGCUCUCAUCAAGGAGGCAGCUGCAGCACCAUACCCACAGACAAGCACGAGCACAAAACGACUCAUAAAAUUGCAAUUUCAGAAGAAGCAAGCCGCCCAUGCCCUCCGAGUAGCAGAUAUGAGUGGCUACGACAGAUAAUGGAUGACAGAAACAAUCAAUCUUCAAAACCACAAAUACAGAGAGUUUCACCAGUUCUCCAAAUGAAUGGAUGGAGAUACUACAAUCCUAUUGUGGAUUCACUCGGUCCAUACCACCACGGCAAGCCUGAGCUUGAGCUGGUGGAGAGAUUUAAGCCCAUUAUUGCACGGGAGUUUGUUUUGGAAAGUGGCAAGCCAGUUGAUGCCUUCUACAACAAGAUUUUGCAGGUUGCCGGUGAUGCUAGGAACUCUUACGUCGGAGGAUCGACAAAUCAAUUAAGCGAUGAGGCAUUUGCACAGAUGAUGUUUCUUGAUAGCUGCUUCAUUCUGCAGAUGAUUGACUGCAUAGUCCACAAUAAGCUGGAAAUGAAGCACAUGAUUAUCAAUCAUCUGGGCUUCUUGGUAUCGACACUCAUGAUUCCAGAUUUGUUUUUGCUAGAGAACCAAAUCCCAUUUUUUGUUCUCCAAGCCUUGAUGAGCUUAAAAUUCCAAGGAGAUGAGGGGGCAAAAAUGAUUGAAACAUUCAUCGAUGAUAUAUUUUUAGCCUCUAGCUUCCCACAAGCUCAGUCUCAAAAGGAAGAAGCAAGAGACCCACAGUGUCUUCAACCCCUUCAUCUUCUCGAAUUUCUGCGGUCAAAACUCCUCCAUGAAUGCGGCAAAGAUCACCAAAAACUACAAUCCUACAAACUCCACCAGCUCAAAUCAAAAAAGAAAACUCAAGGCACUGCAAUGGAUCAUCCAGACUUAUUUUGUUCAGUCACAGAACUCAAAGCAAAGAGAAUCCAUUUCAAACCAAGCAACACACGUUGUCUGAAAAAUAUAAAGUUCAAAUCAAACUGUGUCUAUGGACAGCUGAUGCUUCCCCCAAAGGUGAUUGGUCCUCAAACCAAGCAGGUAUUUUUGAACUUAAUAGCAUAUGAGAUGGGUCCAAAUACUCCAAAUGAUAUGGGAGUCGCCUCCUACAUAUAUUUCAUGAAUUCGCUAAUCAAUCGCCCAGAUGAUGUGGCAGAGCUACGAUCGCAAGGCAUACUACUGAACUUCCUUGGCAGUGACAAAGAAGUACUUGAAAUGUUCAAAGAGAUCGCAGCUUUCUCAAUGCACAACCUAGAUACGUACAAGGAAGUUAAAGAAUGCAUUCAGAAACACUGUAACAGCAAGAUGAAGACUUGGAUAGCUGAGGUGGUUGACAAACAUUUUAGCAACCCCUGGACUGUUGUUGCUCUCUUUGCUGCUAUUUUUAUCAUUGCUCUGAGUAUCAUCCAAACUUACUUCACAGUAUUCCCCAUUCCCAACCGGCAUAUUUAAUGAAUGCAUUUUCGAACAUCUAA